GCCUGACGGGAAAGAGAGGCGCCGCGCGAGAGGCCCCCAGCCAGGCCCGGCGCGCGGUGCAUUGUGGGCAGGCCCAAGCCAAGCUGAGGCGGCGAAGGCGGUGAAGGCGAAGGCGGGGAGGAUGAUGGGCGACGCCGGGAGGCCCGGGGCAGACUGCCGGAGCCCGGACAGCUCUUCGCUCAGCUCCUCCCCGACCCUGAGGGGCACCCCCCCGCCGGAGCCCUCAGCCCCGCUGCACCCCUCCAUGAUUGGCUCGGCCAUGACCACCUCCAUCGGCGGGCUGGGCUCCCCCUUCCCGGUCAUCAGCUCUUCCAUGGGGUCGCCGGGCCUCCCUGCCACCCCCUCCAUUGGCUACGGACCCGUCAGCAGCCCCCAGAUCAACUCCACGGUGAACCUCUCGGGCCUGCACUCGGUCAGCAGCUCGGACGACGUGAAGCCCCCGCUGGGCAUGAGGGUGGUGCCGGGCCACCCCCAUGGGGCACUGAUGCCUGGCAAGCGCCUCUGCGCCAUCUGCGGAGACCGGUCCUCAGGGAAGCACUACGGGGUGUACAGCUGCGAGGGCUGCAAGGGCUUCUUCAAGCGCACCAUCCGGAAGGACCUGACCUACACCUGCCGCGACAACAAGGAUUGCAUCGUGGACAAGCGCCAGCGCAACCGCUGCCAGUACUGCCGCUACCAGAAAUGCCUGGCCACCGGCAUGAAGCGGGAAGCCGUCCAGGAGGAGCGCCAGCGCGGGAAGGACAAGGACGGGGACGGGGACCUGGCCUGCGGGGGCGCCAACGAGGACAUGCCGGUGGAGAAGAUCCUGGAGGCCGAGCUGGCCGUGGAGCAGAAGUCAGACCAAAGCGUCGACGGGGGCGGAUCCGGCACGGGGGGCAGCUCGGUGAGUUGGAGGGGUGCGGCGGCGGGAUCAGGACGCUCGCCCCGGAUGUUUGACGUCAACGAGGAGCCCAACGACCCCGUGACCAACAUCUGCCAGGCGGCCGACAAGCAGCUCUUCACGCUGGUGGAGUGGGCCAAGCGCAUCCCCCACUUCUCCGAGCUGCCCCUCGAUGACCAGGUCAUCCUGCUCCGGGCAGGCUGGAAUGAGCUGCUGAUCGCCUCUUUCUCGCACCGCUCCAUUUCGGUGAAAGACGGGAUUCUGCUCGCCACGGGCCUCCACGUCCACCGCAACAGUGCCCACAGCGCUGGCGUGGGAGCCAUCUUUGACAGGGUGCUGACCGAACUGGUUUCGAAGAUGCGCGACAUGAGGAUGGACAAGACGGAGCUGGGCUGCCUCCGCGCCAUUAUCCUCUUCAACCCAGACGCGAAGGGCCUCUCCAACCCCGGAGAAGUGGAGCUUCUGAGGGAGAAGGUCUAUGCCUCCCUGGAGUCCUACUGCAAACAGAAGUAUCCUGAACAGCAGGGCAGGUUUGCCAAGCUGCUGCUGCGCCUGCCGGCCCUGCGGUCCAUCGGCCUGAAAUGCCUGGAGCACCUCUUCUUCUUCAAGCUGAUCGGGGACACCCCCAUCGACACCUUCCUCAUGGAGAUGCUGGAGGCCCCCCACCAGAUGUCCUGACCGGGCCCCCGACYCAUUUGCAGCCUCACGCAACACUCCUGCCAAGAGAGAGAGAGCGAAGGAGAGAGCGAGUGAGAGGCGAGGGAGGGAGGAGGACAACGGCAGAGGAGGGGGUGUCGCUCUCCUUCUCUCCCUCCUUCCCUCCCUCCCUCCUGAAAUGAGACCCCCGAAGACUUUCUCUCUACCUCCCUGGUUCCCUCCUUCCUCCUCCUCUUCCUCCCAUCCGCUGACCCUCGGACCCCACCCGUCCCUGACCCCACAGUUAGGCCUUGGGUUCGCAUGAGGGGGGGGAGCUAGGUGGGCCCCCCGCUGUGGACGCUGCUGCUCAGAAUCAGGUCUAAAGCCAAGGUACUCAGCGUUGGGGGGUCCCUUUGAGGGGUCCCCUCCCUCCCAUGCUUUUUUGGGGGCGGAGCCAAGGGGAAGUCGUACCCCUCCCCCUUUUUUUCUCUAGGGAUCGGCUUCCUUUCCCCCUUUUCCCUUCUGGACUGAAAACAAAGAGACGGUGUUUGUUUCCGAGUGGUUUUGCCCAGAGAAGGAAGGGGGUCCUCUGUGGGCAAGGCUUCGCACGAGGAAUUCCCCAGUCCUUUCACGUGUCUCCUCACAAGCCCCCCCCCCCUUCGAAAUGAUAAUAAUGAUAACAAUAAUAAUGGGAUUUUUAUUACGAUAUGAAGACCGCCGUGGUUUUAAACCCCUUUUUUCCAGGAGGGAAAGCGUAGCUAGAGCGACUUUGUAUUUUUUAGCCUCAGUAAGUGGUGACCCCCAAGGGUUCUCUUAGAUGUUUUUCCUCCAUCCCCCCCCCCAAUUGAAAUACUGUUUUAGCUGCACUUUGACCUGACCCUCAUCUAUGCAAGGAGGGGAGGGAGGGGAGGGGGAGGGGAGGGAGGGAGGUUUUCAAGAGGAGGGGUCCCUUUCCUAGAAUCACAGAGUUGGAAGUGACCUCGUGGGCCAUCCAGUCCAGCACUCAAAGCGUUUGGCUCUCCCUCUUUGUCUUUCGGGGUCUCCGUGUACUUAAAGGGUAAGGAUUCUGGUUCUCCUCCUUCCCCAUAACACUGGGGGAGGCAUCCGGAGGAUGGAGGAAGAGAGACCGAAGAGCGGGGCCGUUUAUUGGGGGGUCAGAGAGCCCCUUCCUCGCACGCUGCUCUCUCCAUGUACCACCUCCUGCCCCCCCCCCCCACUUUUUGCCUCAGCAUGCCUGGAUCCUUUUGCCACUUUGUCCCCCCCUCCUAGAAAAAAAAAAUGUUUGAGUACUGUUAAUAUUCCUCCUUCCCACUUUGUCCUGGAUGAACCGCUAUGUUAUUAUUAUUAUUUUUGAGUUAUUAAAAAGCUGCUCUUUCCAGAGGACCCCUCCUCACA